AUGGAUACUACACCACGCUUCUUGCUUCAAAUGGUUUCUACUUUGCCUCUGAUUCUAUGUAUUUCAUCAUUGGCCUCAGCAUUUCUGGAAGUGGGUUUCUAUAGCUCCACAUGCCCAUCUGCUGAGGCAAUAGUGAAAAGCACGGUAGAAAAAGCAAUAUCUGCCAACCCAGGCAUUGCAGCUGGUAUCAUUAGAAUCCAUUUCCACGAUUGCUUUGUCAGGGGCUGUGAUGGUUCUGUGUUACUAGCAUCUACACCGGGUAACCCAACAGCUGAACGAGACAAUUUCAUCAACAAUCCAAGCUUACGUGGGUUCGAGGUGAUUGAGGAGGCCAAGAUCCAAUUGGAAGCUGCAUGCCCUAAUACAGUAUCGUGUGCUGACAUUUUGGCCUUUGCAGCCCGAGACAGUGCUUUCAAAGUUGGUGGCAUAAACUACGACGUUCCAUCAGGACGCAGAGAUGGUCGUGUCUCCAUCGGUGAUGAAGUGAUAGAGAAUCUUCCUGGACCAGAUUUCAGCGCUGAACAACUUAUUACUAACUUUGCACAAAAGGGUUUGUCUGCAGAUGAAAUGGUCACACUUUCAGGAGCACAUUCAAUUGGUGUGGCGCAUUGUGGUGCCUUCUCAAAUCGCUUAUAUUCUUUCAGUGACACACUCAGACAAGAUCCUUCCCUUGACCCUUCAUAUGCUGAAACGUUGAAAACCAAGUGUCCUCCACCACCUCCAAUCCCAGACACCACAGUUUCUCUUGAACAUUCCACUCCUAUUCGUUUGGACAGCAAAUACUACGAGGGGUUGAUCAACCACCGUGGCUUGUUGACAUCAGAUCAGACCUUGUUCGCCACUCAAUCCACAAGAGAAAUGGUUGAAAGCAAUGCAUACAAUGGUGCAAGUUGGGCUGGGAAGUUUGCCCUAGCAAUGGUGCACAUGGGUUCCAUAGAAGUGCUUACUGGCUCCAAUGGUGAAAUCAGGAAGCAGUGCAGCUUUGUUAAUUAG